AUGGCAGCAACUCUACUACUGGACCUCAAUGCUGCUCCUCCAGAAGAACUGGAUGGUGGCAUAAUACCUGGAGGCAUGGCUGCAGCUGAUGAUGAAGCCGAUGCUCUCGCUCAGAAUGAAGGCGAUGCUCAGGAAUCUGCAGAUGUUGAUAUGGAAAUGAGUGUUUUCCUGGACCUCAACACUACACUAGCAGAAUCAGUCGAUGAAAUGAUACCUGGAGGAAGUGAGUCUGUAUUCGACAUGGAAAGCAAUGUUAUGGCUCAAGAUGAAGAAGGCAGCCCUCCUGCUCAAGCUGCAGGUGUGCAACAACCAGAAAUGAGGUUGAACAAAUGGGUAACAGAUGCUCAGCGAUAUGAUGCUUACACAGCACUUCAUGCAAAAAGCAAAAAUGAAAAACUACCCAAGAAUGCAACAAAAGAGAGCACCCGAUCACUCUCACUCACCUCUCUGAAGGCUGUGGACAUUGGAAUCGACUGCCGCUGUGCCACACCUCAGGAGGUGCUACAGGCAGAGUCGGCGAUAAGGGAUUCAAUCAGCUUGAACGCCAGCCGUCCCAGCCUUGAUCUGCGCAGACAUUUUGAAAGAGAGAAUCCAUGGGACAUACCGAGGGGGAUGCCUGAGCCUGAAAUAAUAAUGCAAGAACUGGCUGGGGUUGCCAAGAUCGGACCGUGGGGCCGAAGCGCUGGGAGAGUUCAUGGCAUCAACGUGGCACCGCACCAUCUAAGAAGUGUGACAAUUCGCUGUUGCGUUGUCAUUGAUUCACUUGCAUUUACCUACUGUGACAAGAACGGGAGGGAGAAGACCGCAGGCCCAUGGGGCGGUUGUGGUGGAAACGAGUAUACGAUUCAUCUCGCUUCAGGAGAGUUUCUAUGUAAAAUUUCAGGAACAAUCGGUCCAUUUGGUUCAUUACCCAGUGUUGUUACAUCUCUUACAUUUACCACCAAUAUUUGUAGCCAUGGACCUUUUGGACACAAAAAAGGGCACCCUUUCGACAUUCCGGUAGAGAUGAAUGGUUGCAUUGUUGGCUUCUUUGCACAUGCAGGGUGGUAUGUUGAUGCCAUUGGGGUCUACGUGAAGCCGAGAGAAGAAGAGGCUGGUCUUGCCAAGUUUGGGCCAUGGGGUGGAGAUGAAGGGAGGAAUCACGACAUCGAUGUGGCACCACACCGUCUAAUAAGUGUGACGAUUUGCAGUUGUUUUGUCAUCGAUUCACUUGCAUUCUCCUACAUUGACCGCAAUGGCCAAUACCGCACUUCGGACAAAUGGGGUGGCCGUGGUGGGGCCUCUAACACGGUUUCCCUGGGGCCUUCAGAGUUCCUGACAGGAAUAUCCGGAACCAUUGGUCAAUAUGAAGAACAUCCAAAUGUUAUAACGUCUCUUACGUUAGUCACCAAUGCUCAUAGUUAUGGGCCAUUUGGACGAACACAUGGAACACCUUUCCACAUUCCACUGCAGAGCAAUGGCUGCAUUGUUGGAUUCUUUGGGCGUGCUGACAAAUUUCUAAAUGCAAUUGGUGUCUAUACGAACCAUAAGCUCGAAAUUAAGCAACAGCUCCAGGAUGAACUUGCCAGGAUUGGGCCAUGGGGUGGAGAUGGAGGAACGUGUCAUGACAUCAACGCGACACCGCGCCGUCUCGAAAGCGUGACAAUUUCCAGUUGCCUUGUCAUUGAUUCAAUCACAUUUUCAUUCAGCGACGACAAUGGUCAGAAGCACUAUGCAGGUCCAUGGGGCGGUAGCGGAGGCUUUGAUCAUAAGAUUCUGCUUGAACCUUCAGAGUUUGUGGUGAAACUUUCCGGAACAAUUGGUGCAUUCGGGAGCAAACCAAAUGUUGUAACUUCUCUGACACUUGUGACUAAUGCGGGUAGAUAUGGGCCGUAUGGACGGGAAGAGGGAACUGCUUUCCACGUCCCCGUGCAGAGCAAUGGCAGCGUUGUUGGCUUCUUUGCGAAAUUUGAAGAGUACAUGCAAGCGAUUGGCGUCUAUGUUCGAGCUAUGUAACCACAGCUUGUUUUGGUUGCUUCUUCCUGAACAGUGAUGUCUUGGUUGCAAAUGAAACAGAGUAAAAAUGCGGAAAUUGGCUGCCGCCAGAUGCCAUCAGCACCCUUGCUUCGUCGUAUCCUUUUCUCUGAAUAUUGAGCACUGGUGGCCGGGUUAUGUUUGAUAUCUUGGAUAGGUGUCAGCCCAUCACUGGUGUUUCAAUUUUCUCGUUAUGCUUCUGAUUUGCUGAAGAUUCUGUUGUACCAUUGCACUGUGCCUCUUAAGAAUGAGGAUGAACCCUGUCUUUUAUCAAUGAACAUGUUUCAGUCAGUGAUAAUAUGGGACCAUUUGUUGAUGAAAGUUCAGUCGUGAGCCCCCACUUGCUCGAUGAAUUUUGUUAUCCAGCUUGGUCUGUAUGCCGUAGUAUUCCAACUAUGCCUUGACUCAAGUCUGAAAGUGCGCUUGCUUGUGUCGCUAGUUAAUCCAGAUUUUCAGUUCAAUUCGGCA